GCGUCGCUGAUGAGGGCGUUCAAGGUGAUGUGCAGCGAGGCGGGCGCCGCCAUGAGCGACAAGUGCAAGCUCUCCGCCGCGCCGCUGCUGGGCCUCAAGCCGCUGGACAUCCGCGAGGCCCACAUUCGGUCGCAGCAGCUGGGCAAGGAGAUUUGCUACGACGGCCGCGUCAUCCACGCCAACAUCUGCGCCUCCGCCCGGGUGCCCAACUCCCGCCUCCUCCUCUGCCUCGUCGAGGCCGACGACGCCGACAACGCCGGCGCCGCCUUCCUCCACGUCUUCAACGCUCUCGCCUCCACUUGCACCAGGCAGGACGCCGCCCAGUCCAUGUUUCCCACCGAUGCCCGCCUCGCCAUCAAGGAGCCGCUGUGCUACCGCUCCAUCAUGCACGUCUCCAGCCCCGCCUCGCUCCACUUCCUGGGCCUGGCCAAGAGGCUCCGGCGGAGGCCUUUGGAGGAGCUGCGCAGGGAAGGCAGCCGGUUCAUGGCCAAGGGCAGCUUCCUCAUGGCGGAGCUCUACUUCACCGAGUGCAUCGAUGUGUUCGCGGCCAGGGACGCGAGCACGUAUGGUCCGGUGGAGAAGGACGUGUUCUCCAGCAGGGCUGAGUGUCGGCUCAAGCUGGGCAAGUUUGAGGAGGCGGUGGCGGACGCCGACAUGGCCUUGAGCAUUUCUGGUGAUGGUGGCAUUGCCGUUCGAAGGAGGAGCUUGUGGAGCAAGGGACGGGGACUGUCUGCUCUCCAGGAGCACCAACUCGCCUUGGAAUGCCUCGAGUCCGCCAUGAAACAAGGCGAUGAAGAAGAAGAAGAAGAGCAAGCUCUAGCGAGCGAGAUCGACCAAUGUAAGGUGUUCCUCCGGCAAAGCCAGCACGGCGACUACGAUCUCUCUCCUUACUUCCUCCCCAACAAGGCCAGCGACACGCCAUUGCAAUGCAGUGACUACUUCGGUCCUCUGGAGAUCAAGCACACCCACGACGGGCGAGGACGGGGGAUCUUCCUCACCCGCGACGUCCAACUCGGGGACUUGCUGCUCGCUUGCAAUCCAAUCGCGGCUGUGUCAAGCGCCGCUUCCCAUGACGCAGACGAGGACUUGGUGGUGGAGAUCGUCAAGGCGUGUGUGGAGUCCGAGCGGCGGCUCGAGCAGAUCUAUGCCAUGGCCGACCGCGAGGCAGCCGAGGUGACGGCACUGCCCGACUUGGCCCCGUUCAAGUGUAACACCGGAAAGGUGGCGGCCACGCCGAGAAGCAGCCGCGGCGUGGACGUUGCCAGGAUUCGAAGAGCUCGCGAUCGAGUGGGCUACAGCUCGCAGGGAUCUGGCGGCUCAUACGUUCCGGGGCUGUGGGCAUCGGUGGGAUUGAUCAACCACUCGUGCAUUCCAAACGCUUCCAAGAUGAGCAUCGGCGAUGUGGUGUUCGUGAGAGCUGCCAAGGAUCUCAAGGCCGGGGACGAGGUGCUGCUCUCGUAUCUGGAGCCGCCGCUGGCUCCCUACGCCGGCUACCGCGAGAAGAUGAUCCAGCAGUACAACUUUGAGUGUAGCUGCGAGCGAUGCAAGCUGGAGCGGAGCCACCGUCAUGUCUUGGGUGAUCUUCCCGGCUACGAAGACGAUCGCGGGGGAUCGGGGCUGGCGAUCAAAGUCGACGACGAUGUCAUGGACGUGGUGGUGGAGAUUGAGAAGCGGAUCAAAGGGAUGAGCGAGCAGGAGAAGGAUUGGAUUCGUGCUGGGUUUGUGGAUCACUACUCGGCAGUCUGCAUGCUCAGGGAUCCUCGGGUCCCGAUCGACUGCGAGCAGCUGUUGAGGAUCAUGCGUGAGACCGGUUCGGGCAGCAAGCACACGCUGUCGAGGAUUGCAUUCUUAUGUAACAUCAGUGGGAGGAAACCCGAGACGAUGAAGGUCUUGUACGAGCAAGUUACUGCUCUGUACGGUAGACAAAGCCCGGAAGUUGUCGAUGCUAUAACACGAAAGUACCGCAUUCCAAGCCUCAACAUGUAACUCCCCUUCUGCU